GCUGCGCCCUUGCAGAAGUGCUGAAGACGACUCUCCGGAGGAGCUAUUGGGAAUUUCGGCGUCUUUCGCGCACACGUUUGCACGGAAUAAAGCCGCGGCGACGCGUGGCUGUAGCAGGCGAGGCUCCCAGCCCGAAGCAGCUCGUCCGUGGAUCCGGCGCUUGGCGUGGCUGUGGCAGACUGUCCGUGUGAAGAUGGGCCUCGUCUGGAGCCUCUUCCCAUAGCAGCGAGCCGUGGGGAGAGCACCCGCACGUUCCCCUGCAAGCACAUACCCGUCGAGCUCGGACUUGACGGGUUUGACAUAAUCUACAGACUGUGGACGCUGUCGUACAACUUUCUGUCCAGGAUUGUCUGCGCCACCGUGUCUGUCAUCGCCGGCAAGCGGAGAGGCUCCCAAACCCGGAUCGAGAGUCGCGCCGUGCCAAGGGCCUUGAUGAAAAUGGACUCCGAUCUGUUACACUCACCAGCGGUGGGCCUUGCCGAGGAAGAGGAGCCUGACAUGAGUGACUGGAAACUUCCACUGGCCUUCAUGAAGAAACGCCACUCGGAGAAGAUUGAGGGAUCCAAGGCCCUGGCGCAAAGCUGGAGGAUGAAGGACAGGAUGAAGACGGUGAGUGUAGCUCUGGUGCUGUGUCUCAACGUGGGUGUGGACCCCCCUGAUGUAGUGAAGACUUCCCCAUGUGCCAGGCUGGAGUGCUGGAUAGAUCCUCUGUCUAUGAGUCCACAGAAAGCCCUGGAGACCAUUGGGGCCAACUUACAGAAGCAAUAUGAAAACUGGCAACCCAGGGCGCGGUACAAGCAGAGUCUGGACCCCACGGUGGACGAGGUGAAGAAGCUGUGCACGUCGCUGAGGCGAAACGCCAAGGAGGAGCGGGUCCUCUUCCAUUACAAUGGCCACGGAGUGCCGCGGCCCACCGUCAACGGAGAGAUCUGGGUUUUUAAUAAGAACUACACCCAGUACAUCCCUUUGUCGAUAUACGACCUGCAGACAUGGAUGGGAAGCCCCUCCAUCUUUGUGUACGACUGCUCCAAUGCAGGCAUCAUCGUCAAGUCCUUCAAACAGUUCGCCCUGCAGAGGGAGCAGGAGCUGGAGGUGGCAGCCAUCAACCCCAGCCACCCACUUGCCCAGAUGCCCCUGCCUCCCUCCAUGAAGAACUGCAUCCAGCUGGCUGCGUGCGAGGCCAGCGAGUUGCUGCCCAUGAAUCCCGACCUCCCGGCUGACCUCUUCACCUCUUGCCUCACCACACCUAUCAAGAUCGCUCUCAGAUGGUUUUGUAUGCAGAAGAGUGCCAAGCUGGUACCAGGGGUGACACUAGACCUCAUAGAGAAGAUCCCGGGCAGACUCAACGACAGACGCACUCCCCUGGGAGAACUUAACUGGAUCUUCACAGCCAUCACCGACACCAUUGCCUGGAACGUGCUUCCCAGAGAUUUAUUCCAAAAGUUGUUUCGUCAGGACCUGCUGGUGGCCAGCCUGUUCCGCAAUUUCCUAUUGGCUGAAAGGAUAAUGAGGUCAUACAACUGUACACCAGUCAGCAGUCCACGCCUGCCCCCUACAUACAUGCACGCUAUGUGGCAAGCCUGGGAUCUGGCCGUGGACAUCUGCCUCUCUCAGCUCCCUACAAUCAUCGAGGAGGGCACCGCUUUCAGACACAGCCCAUUCUUUGCAGAGCAGCUGACAGCGUUCCAGGUGUGGUUGACCAUGGGAGUGGAGAACAGAAACCCUCCCGAGCAGCUGCCAAUUGUUCUACAGGUCCUCCUCAGUCAGGUGCAUCGUCUGCGGGCGCUGGACCUGCUCGGCCGCUUCCUGGACCUGGGGCCCUGGGCUGUCAGUCUGGCCCUGUCAGUGGGGAUCUUCCCCUAUGUGCUGAAGCUGCUGCAAAGCUCCGCGAGAGAGCUCCGGCCGCUACUUGUCUUCAUCUGGGCCAAAAUCCUUGCUGUAGACAGCUCAUGUCAAGCGGACUUGGUGAAGGACAAUGGUCACAAGUACUUCCUGUCUGUGUUGGCUGACAACUACAUGCCGGCCGAGCAUCGCACUAUGGCAGUCUUCAUAUUGGCCGUCAUCGUCAACAGCUACACCACCGGACAGGAGGUCUGUCUGCAGGGCAACCUGAUAGCCAACUGUCUGGAGCAGUUGUCGGACCCCCACCCUCUGCUGCGCCAGUGGGUGGCCAUCUGCCUGGGCCGUAUCUGGCAGAACUUUGACUCGGCACGCUGGUGUGGCGUCCGUGACAGCGCCCACGAGAAGCUCUACAUCCUGCUGUCGGAUCCCAUCCCUGAGGUGAGGUGUGCUGCCGUCUUUGCUCUGGGAACCUUUGUGGGGAACUCGGCUGAGAGGACUGACCACUCCACCACCAUCGACCACAAUGUAGCCAUGAUGCUGGCCCAGCUCAUCAACGAUGGCAGCCCCGUGGUCCGCAAGGAGCUGGUGGUCGCAUUGAGUCACCUGGUGGUGCAGUAUGAGAGUAACUUUUGCACGGUGGCGCUGCAGUUCAUCGAGGAGGAAAAGAACUACACUGUGCCCUCACCGGCCAACACCACAGAGCCUGGUAACCUGACCCCAGUGAGGGACAGCCCAGCCAUCCCCCGCCUGCGCUCGGUCAACUCCUACACCAACAUCCGAGCAGCCACCACUGCCCGCAACCUUAACAAGAGCCUGCAGAACCUCAACCUCAGUGAAGAGGGUGGUCCGGUAGCCUUUUCUCCUGGCAACCUAAGUACCAGCAGCAGUGCCAGCAGCACCCUGGGCAGCCCGGACAAUGACGAGUACAUCUUGUCCUUCGAGACCAUCGACAAGAUGAGGCGGGUGUCCUCCUACUCUUCUCUCAACUCCCUCAUAGGUGUGUCUUUCAACAGCGUUUACACCCAAAUCUGGAGAGUGCUGCUCCAUUUGGCGGCCGACCCUUUCCCUGAGGUGUCUGAUCUAGCCAUGAAGGUCUUGAACAGCAUCGCUUACAAGGCGACGAUGAACGCGCGGCCUCAGAGGAUCCUGGACUCUGGAUCUCUCACCCAGUCAGCUCCUGCAAGCCCCACCAGCAAGGGCACCCACAUCCACCAGGCUGGAGGCUCUCCUCCUAUGCCCAGUGCCAGCAGCUCCAGCUUGACCAAUGAGGUGCCCAAGCCCCCCGCGAGGGAGCAACCCACCAUACGGCCCCCCUACACCCCCACGCUGGGCGGACAGGCUCCUCACUCGCACCAGUUCCCCCGCACACGCAAGAUGUUUGAUAAGGGUCCUGAACAGGCAGCUGAGGACGGGGAUGAGCAGGGUGGACACAGGAACUACAUCAGUGCCACCCUUCAGACAGGCCUGUGUGAUUGGAGUGCCAAGUACUUUGCUCAGCCAGUCAUGAAGAUCCCUGAGGAGCAUGACCUGGAGAGCCAGGUGCGGAUGGAGAGGCAGUGGAGGUUCCUGAGGAACGCUCGCGUGAGGAGACAGAGUCAGCGCAUCACACAGAAAGGCGUGACCCGCCUGGAUGACCAGAUCUUCAUCAACCGCAACCCUGGCGUUCCAUCUGUUGUGAAGUUCCAUCCCUUCAAUUCCUGCAUCGCCGUGGCCGAUAAGGACAGCAUCUGUUUCUGGGAUUGGGAAAAGGGGGAGCGGUUAGACUACUUCUACAACGGGAACCCUCGCUACACCCGUAUCACAGCCAUGGAGUACCUGAACGGACAUGACUGUUCAUUGCUGCUCACAGCAACAGAUGAUGGCGCCCUGCGUAUCUGGAAGAACUUCGCUGACCAGAAGAACCCGGAGAUGGUGACGGCGUGGCAAGGCCUUUCUGACAUGCUGCCCACCACCAGAGGUGCAGGCAUGGUGGUGGACUGGGAACAGGAGACCGGGCUCCUCAUGACCUCUGGAGACGUCCGGGUCAUCAGGAUCUGGGACACGGAGAGGGAGAUGAAGGUCCAGGACAUCCCAACAGGAGCAGAUAGCUGCGUGACCAGUUUAUCUUGCGAUUCCCAACGCUCCCUCAUUAUUGCCGGUCUGGGAGACGGCUCCGUGCGUGUCUACGACAGGAGGAUGGGCCCCAACGAAUGUCGGAUCAUGACGUACAGGGAGCACAACGCCUGGGUGGUCAAAGCCCACCUGCAGAAGGAGACAGAAGGACACAUCAUCAGUGUCAGUGUCAACGGGGACGUUCGAUUCUUUGAGCCAAGGACGCCGGAUUCAGUCAACGUGCUGCAGACGGUGAAGGGGUUGACGGCCCUCGACAUCCACCCACAGGCCAACCUGUUCGCCUGCGGAUCAAUGAACCAGUUUAUAGCUGUGUACAAUGCUAACGGGGAUGUGAUCAGCAACAUUAAGUACUAUGACGGCUUCAUGGGUCAAAGGAUUGGCGCCAUCAGCUGUUUAGCUUUCCAUCCGUACUGGCCCCAUCUGGCUGUAGGCAGCAACGACUACUACAUGUCCAUCUACUCUGCAGAGAAGAGGCUCAGAUAACACCUGCACACCAGACUUCCUCCUCCCCCUCCCGUCUCCCCUCACGCCACAACCUGCAGCUCUCUGACCCUGACCUUUGACCCGGAGUUCUGGGAGCCAGGAUCACCACCUGCCCCUCCUGACCCGAAGUUUUGGUCUUCCCCUCCUGGAGGAAAGCAGAGCAAACUACUCGCCAGUGGACUGAAAACGGAGCCGGAAACACAUGCAGGACAUUCUGUCACCACGUAAUCUCCACCAUCACGUCAGCUUAGCUCAGAGGAGCCCUCCAGGAUUUAGCAAGGCCUUAUUGCAAACCAACCCACACACACACACACACACCCCCCCCACUCACUCCCACUAUUGAGACUGCUCCCACUCAGCCACAUUCACCUCUCAGCACCCUGCUUCGAGUUUUAAGAUUUUAGAUCUGGAGGGAAGGAAAAAAAAAAAAAAAAGGAUGAACAUUAAUAAAUGUAGAGGAAAGGAAAACUGAAAACAAUCAGGUGUGUCUCCGGGACUGGAGACUGCUUUGCUGACUGUGGUUUAUAAGGCAGGCGAUGAAAUCAAAUAAACCAAAUACA